UAUCGUUCUUUUUUUCCUGAAAAGUAAUUUGUAUUAUCCAUUUUGAGUUCCUAUCAGUCUACAAUAAAAGUAUCUUGUUGAAAUAUGUCAAAGUUGUAAAAAUUAAAGGCAUAGUACAUGUACAGUUUGAUAUAUCACACUGAACAGUGAUGGCAAUAGCUAACAUAGCCUUUUAUGUCAGGGAAGCCAAAAAAAUGUCUGAAUAAAACUGAGGAUUUCUUUCCUUAUAAUAGAAAAAUUCUCAAUAAUUCAAUCUCCAAUGCUUCUUAUGUUUAUACCCCCUUUUCAUUUUAAAUCUUUUGUUUGCAAUCAUUGUCCUCAAAUUAUUCAUUGGUUUACUACACAUUUACUUUUAUCAGUCCUUUAAAUAUUUGUAUGAUAAAAACUUUUUAUAGAUUUUAUUAAGUCAUGUAAAUGUAUUGUAUGACCUUGUCAUCAUUUAUCUGUAAAAAUCGUCUAACAAUGAGGAAGUCAAAUAUAUUUUUAAUCACACAUAGUCACUAAAUACUUAUAAAAAUGGAGUUUUCUCAGUCAUUACCAGGAAAAGCACAGACUCCAGCUGCGUGUCAGUUCUGUGAAGAAUUGAAAGAGAUUAAAUGGAAGUGUAUUAACUGUGAGUUAUUUCUAUGUCAACUGUGCUGUUCAAAGAUACAUAAUAAAAUCAAGGCAUCUAUGGAACAUGAAAUCAUAAAUUUAAAAGAUUUUGAAACAGUGGAUUUGGCCACUUCAGUGCGUAAAGUUGACCUUGAAAACAUGGUAUGUACAAUCCAUGACAAUCAAAAAUGUUUUGUCUUCUGUAAAGACUGCAGUGAGCCAUCUUGUUCCAAAUGUUUAAGGGAGACUCAUAAAUUGCAUGACUACAAAGCCCUUGAUGAAGUGUAUAAAGAAAUAAUUUCAGAAAUGAAGGAACUAAUAAAAAGAUCAGAAGACAAUCUGAAACUCUUUAGUUAUGAAAAGGAACAACUACAAAAAAAGCUUUCCAAUGGUGACAACAAUUUCCAAGAAACAAGAGAUUUAAUUUUGCAAACUGAGAAAGACAUGAAAGAAGUCAUUUCAAAACAUGCUAAAGACCUCUUAAAAGAACUUGAAGCAAAAUGGAAACCAACAGAAAAUAUUAUCAAAAUAGAACUUUUAGCCAUCACAAAGAAUGAGGAGAAAUUGGAAACUAGGAAGAAUAAUCUAUUGCGGGCACUGCAGUCUCAUCAAGCCAUAGACAUUUUCUCUACAAGUAAAACUUUAGAUAAGGCAUUACCCCAAUAUUCAUGUAAAAAAAUCAAAACAAAUAAAGUAAAGUUCAUUCAUACAAAUAUAGAAUUGAAAAAAGGAAGUCAGUCGGUGUUGGGUGACAUUUAUACUAUUCCAGCCAUGGAACUUAAAAACAUUUAUCGCAGUGAUAUUGAAAAUGUGACAAACAUACUACUAUGUAGUGACAAAACAGCAUUUAUAGGAAGCACCAAUAGUAAGAAAAUACAAAAAAUAAAAUUUGAAACUAAUAAUAUCAAAGUAGAGAGAGAAAUUCAGAUAAAAUUGUUUGAUAUGGCAAGGUAUAACGAUGAUGAAAUACUUGUGUCAUCUAAAAAAAGUGACCUAAAACUAUAUACCAAAGAUGGACGAUUUACUUCAUUCAAGUCUUUUUCUUCCUUAAGAACUACAUGUGUUCAUGUAACUAAAGACAAUAAGAUAACAGUAGGGUUAGUGGAAUAUAGUCCCGAUGUAUUUCAUAUUACCAAAGACAGUCACAGAAAAGUUCUGAUUAUGAACCAGAAUGGUGACAUACAACAUACUAUUGAAUAUGAUAAGGACAACCAGAGACUGUUAACACAGCCUAAAAGAAUCAAAAGUUUCAAUUAUAGGAUAGUAGUUGUAGAUAUUAUAAACAAUGAACGUGAGGGUAGGGUAGUAAUGUUUGAUUAUGGCGGACAACUCCAUUGGACCUACAAUGGAUGUAAUAGUAUCAUUUCUGAUCGAGUAAAGUUUUAUCCAGCAGAUGUGUCAAUAACCUCUACAGCAAUGAUUUUAGUUUCUGAGUGUGGAAAGCAUGCUAUACAUGUAUUAAAUCCUGCUGGAGAGGUUAUUGUAUGCAAUGACGUAAAAGUUUUCGGAAUAGAAUUACCUUUCAGUCUUGAUAUUGACAAUAAUGAAGUUUUAUGGAUUGGAUGUAACACAUGGGGGGAAGAUAAAAUUAAAAAGGCUAAAAUAAUCUGUGUUAAACUAACUUAACUUGGUGGUUUAGUCGAAAUACAUAAAACAUGAUCACUUUAGCUUAGUAACAUCUUUGUAUCAAUUUGAAAUGUCAGAUCUAUGUUAUGAUCUAGGAAUGUUUACAAAGACGGUAGGGGACCCCUGAUAAUAUAUUUUUUCAAUUUCUUUUAAUUGUUUCCCCCUUUGACAAUUGUAUAUCAAAAAUCAGGAAGUGGGUAUAUUAUUUGCCAGAAAAGUUCAUGACCUGGAAUCAUUGGAGUGUGACCCUGUCAUUGUGAUGUUUUAAGAUAAAAGUAGCUGAUUGAACAGCAAAGAUGAUUUUUUUAAAACUGAGUUGAUCUGCCCCUGAGAAUUCCCAUGUUUAAUGCUACAAUUUUAAAAAGAUCAGUAAAAAUUUUGUUAAUUAGGAUUAAAUUAUAUAAGAAGAUGCGGUAUGAAUGCCAAUGAGACAACUCUACAUCACAGUCACAAUCUGUAAAAGUAAACCAUUAUAGGUCGAAGUAAGGCAUUCAACACGGAGCCUGGUUUAAAUUCUCAGUUACCCAUAAUAAUAAUGAAAAUAAAAAAAAACUAUUUUAUUAAGGUCCAAAUUCACAAGAACUCCAGAUGUCUGAUAAUGACAAAUUCUUUGUAGAGAGCGAUCAAUAUAUUACCAAAAUUCAAAUGUUCAUUUGAUAAUUCAUACCUGUUAACUGACCCAUAUCCUGCGGAUGAAACCCGAGAAUUUCACCUCUCACCCGGGAUUUUUAAAAUACACGGCGGGUUGUUAAAUAGCCAGGAAAUUCGGAAAAUGGCCCAUUUUAACUCGGAUUCUUGAGCCGUUAGACUGAUUUAAUAAGUGAUUCUCCUUUGAAAUAAUAGCAAAUUCAUAAUUCAUCUUGGACAUGAGGUUUAACAAGCUGUGUUAACUGUCAAAUUAAGUGACCCAUUAAGUGCAUGGCUUUACUUGACAGCUUAUGUGUCAAACACACUGUUAAUUAACACCAAUUACCUUACCAUAAAGUCAUAAAUAAUUUGUGCAUUUCAAAGUUGCUUGACAAAAAAUUUUGAGUUACUUCCCCUUUUUUGGCACCUUUCACAAUAUACUCCUUAAAUUUAUGGUUUUUUUUUGUAAAAUGAUUAAAUCUAAGGCAAAUUAAAUGCAAAUACAUAUCAGAAUAUUACUUUCUAUUAUUUUUUAACCUUAGAACAAUUAAAAAAUUAAUAUUUUGAAAAUUAUUUUUUUCAUCUCUAGUUCCUUUGAAUGCUUAAAUUAUAUAUUAUGAUACCAACUACCUCUAUUUUCAUUAUGAUUCUUAUGUAAAGUGAUGAUACAUAACCUUAAUAUACUGUAAAAAAUAUGGCUUGCGCAUCUCAAUAAAA